CGAUGAACUUUACCACGGAAACAUAUGACGUCACUACAUGUUGUGUAAAAAUGGCCGCUAUUGUACAGCAGCCGAUACGGAGGCAUUUGUGGACAAAAUGAUGUUUCCUUGUUAUUAAAUGGUGUAAAGCAAGAUGGGCGUAGGAAGACGGGUGGUGUUGCUGUACCGCUUGCUGGGAAUAAUACUCCAGCUCUGCUUCCACCUUGUAUCCACCAUCUUCAGACGGGUUUUCAUGAAACCUAAACGAUCCGUUGUUCUCGCAAAAACCACGAGAGAGGGAGCCACCAGUGAAGACCUUGCCAAAGACUACGAUCGUUCUGUUCUAACGCUGAGCCACUACAAAGCUUUGUUCCGUGCAGCGUAUCUUGACUUGUACAAGGACGCUUCCCUCCACAAUCUUGCCCCCAAUCCUCAGUUGCACUCUCUUAAAGGAAACCAGAUCUAUCGUCUGCUGGAUUUUCAGAGACAAGGGCGCCCUCUGGUGGUCAACUUUGGGAGCUGCACCUGACGACCGUUCAUGAGCAAAUUCAAGCGCUACAACGCUGUGGCGUCAGAAUUUGCCAGCAUCGCAGAUUUUUUGAUCAUUUAUAUAGAAGAGGCGCAUGCUUCCGAUGGUUGGCGCUUCGAGUACAAUGUUCAGAUUGCCUCUCAUAAGACGCUGGAAGACCGCCGCAAGGCUGCAAUGAUUUUGGCUGAGAAGAAUCCGGUCUGCCCUGUCGUCGUGGAUAAUAUUGAAAACACCGCCAACAUCCAGUAUGGCGGCUACUUUGAGCGGCUGUACAUAAUCCAAGAUGGCGUCAUAGUGUAUGAGGGAGGAAGAGGGCCAGAGUUCUACAAGUUAGAGGAAGUAGAGCAGUGGUUGGCGUCAUACAGAGGCUCCACAGAUAAACAGUGCUGAAGUUAGAACAAUUUAUGCUUUUCUAAUAUAUCAUUAAAGGAACCUCACUCGUCUACUAUAAUCGCAACGCUGGCAACCCUACUACGCGCAUAAAUGAUACAAUGAUCACUUAUUGAAAGUAGACGUAUUAAUGUUUCGAAGGUGUGUUUAAAAAGAAAGUAGUUAAUGUCUUUGCCACUGAACAUAAGAACCCAUCAGAUAAUGUUAACCUGUUAACUUCUUUUGUAAAAGACGACUUAUGCAUACUCAGAGAACACCUUCAUGUCGUCACCGAUUCUCAGUGAUCCAUUCAUAUUAUUUUCAACGCUAUUUUGCCUUUUACGCUCAAUGGAAUCUGUUUCAAGACUGGUCAUUAUCUGGAGUCGUUUAUAUGCAUGUCGUCGUCAUAGUGCCAUUGAGGCUGAAAUAUGUGAGUGAAAUAUCAAUUAUAAGUUUUCAGAAUGACAAGCAAGUAUAUACGGGUAGUUUACAUGCGAUUCGGGGGCACGGGUGGCCCAGUCGUCUAAGGCGCCGCGAUUCGCUGUGCAAGAACCUAUGAUUGUGGGUUCGAAUCCCUGUUUGCCCCGAUUAUGUUUUGUUUAUUAGGGAUCUUAUUGAACAUCAUGAUAAAUUAUUCCGUGUUUUAUCCCUAUGAGUCAUGCCUGUAUGACGUCACUGCAGAAAAACCUGUGCAUCUGCAGUGACUGAUGCAAUAGGCUGACGUCAUAUGGGUUGAAACAGAUUGAAGAAUUUUCAUGAUGUGUACAUUGUAAUCAGUUUCGACAUUGUAUAUGUGUCCUCAAUAAAACCAAUGUAUUGCUCAUAAAGA